UCAUCUUCUCUGUAAACUUGAUAUUAUUUUUCACUUUGUCUCUCAGUGUAUUUUUUAAUUAAAUCCUAGUGUUAAACCAUAAACAAUUUUGUUCUACUUUUUCUAAUUGUAAUUUGUAUCUAUUUUAUAUCAACGUUUGUUAAAAAUUGUAAACCUUUAACACCUUUUGUUUUUGUUUAUUGUUACACACCAACGGAACUAAAAGUAGAAGAAGAAGAAAAAGAAAAAGGUGAAAAGAAAACCGAAAAGAAAAGGAAUAGAAUAAAAAAUAAGGAACAAUUGAAGAAUCAAUUAAAGAGAAUAGAAUUUACAAUGCAAGCUAUUAAAUGUGUUGUAGUCGGUGAUGGUGCCGUGGGUAAAACUUGCCUAUUGAUCAGCUAUACAACCAACGCCUUUCCUGGUGAAUAUAUACCAACAGUGUUUGACAAUUAUUCAGCCAAUGUAAUGGUAGAUGGUAAACCAAUUAACCUUGGACUUUGGGAUACAGCAGGACAAGAAGAUUAUGACAGAUUAAGGCCUUUAUCUUAUCCACAGACUGAUGUUUUCCUAAUUUGUUUCUCUUUGGUCAAUCCAGCCUCAUUUGAAAAUGUUCGUGCUAAAUGGUAUCCAGAAGUAAGUCAUCAUUCACCCAACACACCUAUUAUACUUGUUGGUACAAAACUUGAUCUACGUGAUGAUUUAAAAACAAUUGAGAAACUUAAGGAAAGAAAAUUGGCUCCCAUAACUUAUCCACAAGCUUUAACCAUGGCCAAGGAAAUUGGUGCUGUUAAAUACCUGGAAUGCUCAGCUUUAACCCAGAAAGGAUUGAAAGCUGUCUUUGAUGAGGCCAUUCGAGCGGUUUUAUGUCCAGUGCCCAAAAUUAAAAGGAAACGUCGAUGUGUUCUGUUGUAGAAUAGAAAAGUCAACCUUUUAAAAUGAAGAGAAAAAUAUCUUAAGAAAAAAAGAGCCCAAUGAAACGAGAAUUUUGGAAAAGAUGACUACUGCUCUCUCUCUCUCUCCUCUUUCUAUCUAAUUAUCUCUCUCUAUCUCUCUCUUUCUCUUUCUCUCUCUUCCCCUUUCCAUUUUCUCUUACUCCUUCUUCCUAUUUCUAUAACAAAUUUCUGUAUAUCUCUCAUCCUCCUCCGCACUUUUCUAUCUUCGUCUUCCUUUGCCUCUUCCUUUAUCUCUCUUUUCUCUCUCUCUCUCUCUCUCUCUCUCUCUUUCACGUUCUCUCCCUCCUUUUAUUUUCUGCUUAAUUUUUUCUCUUAAUUUCACUUUUUUCCCUUUUUUGUUCUUCCCAUUUCUUCAAAUUUAUUGUAUAACUAUCUCAAUUUUCUCUAUCGCUUUAUCUCUUUCACCUCCCGUCUCUUUUUCCUUUGACUUUCUCUCUUUAUCUUCCUCCUCUGUCUCUCUUUCCUUUUCUUGUUCUCUCACUGUUAAUUUUCAUCAAGUCAAUCAAUUACGAAUGAUCAUUGCGCUGACUGAUGUAUCUCUGAGGCCACAGAUUAACCGAAUUGAGACAGAAAAUCAAAAGAAAAAUAAAUAAACGGAUGAUUCUAAGCUAAAAAAACAAA